AGAGUUGUUUUUGUAUAUGUUAUGGGUGCAAUAUCUUUAUAAUUGAAAAUUUUUUAUGAUAAAACUAAUAAAUGACACUGUUAAACCAUAAUUUGAAACAAAUAAAACUGCACUUUCGUUAGUAUUUUUGUAUGUGAAUAUUAGCAACACUGGUUAUGUGAAAACACUAUGUUGGAUUGAGCUGCGACCUAGCGUUAGUAUUGUGAACUUCAACGUAUUCUCACGUUUAGGAAUAGUCUCUUUUGGUGUUUUGGACCAGUUGGUGAUCCGUGAGUGUAAGCAAGAUGGCAGAGAGCAAGGGUGCGUUAUUAGCAAAAUCGGUACAAAAACAUGCUGGAAGGGCGAAAGAAAAGUUCCUGCAGAACUUCGGCAAGGUGGACCGCACGGCGGACGAGAUAUUCGACGAGCACCUGCAGAACUUCACCCGCCAGCAGAAUGCCGCCAACAGACUGCAGAAGGAGUUCAACAACUACAUCAGGUGCAUCAGAGCGAUGCAGACGGCCAGCAAGACGCUGAUGGACUCGCUGAACGAGAUCUACGAGAGCAACUGGGUGGGCCACGACCUGCUCUACGUGCAGGCACAGAACAUAGAGAUGCUGUGGCAGGACUUCAGCCACAAGCUGGCCGACCAAGUGCUCAUCCCCCUCAACACCUACCAGAGCCAGUUCCCGGAGAUGAGGAAGAAGAUGGACAAGCGCGGGCGCAAGCUGGUGGACUACGACAGCCAGCGGCACAGCUACCAGGCGCUGCUGGCCAACCCCAAGAAGCGCGACGACGCCAAGGUGGCCAAGGCCAAGGAGUCCCUGGAGGAGGCCAAGCACACGUACGAGGUGCUGAACAGCGAGCUGCACGACGAGCUGCCGGCGCUGCACGACUCCCGCGUGCUGUUCCUCGUCACCAACCUGCAGACGCUCUUCUCCGCCGAGCAGGUGUUCCACGGCGAGACCGCCAAGGUGUACGCAGAGCUGGAGAUGAUAGUGGACAAGCUAGCCAACGACUGCCAGCGCGGGUCCUACACUCUGAAGAAGAGCUCUCCCAAGUCCCCGAAGUCGCCGUCUGGCAACAACAAUUCUAUCGACAGUGCCCCGCCGUCUCCGGCGCGGUCUCCAGUGGAGGAGCUCUCCACGCCGCCCCCGGCCGCCGCCACCACCCCUCCCCCCUCCAGCCCCACGCCCCCGCCCGACCUCGAGCCCCCGGCCCCCGCCCCCGCAGACUCCCCGCCCCAGGUUAACGGUAACGCUAAGCCCGGCCCCGGCGGCUCACCCAAUAACAACAAGCAUGUCGAGGAGUUGUACGACAUCCCCGUGGUGCGUGCGGGGAGCUCCAGCGAGGAAGGGAGUGAGCGGAGGGGUGCGGGCGUUGCAGGGGCCACCACGGACAACCUGCCCCCCGGCGUGCUGUACAGGGUGAAGGCGACGUACAAGUACACCCGCGAGGACGUGGACGAGCUGUCCUUCGACGUCGGGGAGGUCAUCAGCGUGGUGGAGUACGACGACCCGGAGGAGCAGGAGGAGGGCUGGCUGAUGGGCGUGAAGGAGGGCAGCGGGGAGAAGGGCAUGUUCCCCGCCAACUUCACCCGCCCGCUGUGAGACGCGCGCCUGCCCGCCGAGUCCCGCGUCAGCCACACUGCCCGCCGCGCGAGAGCGUCUCGCUCCCUGCCACGGAUCGCGUCCUCAACAUUUGGUACGUUCUAGGUGGAAAUUAUACAAGCAUCCAGACAGCUAUUAAAACAGAUGUUUCAUCUGGCGGUAGCAUGGGGAAUGUCACUGUGCAGUUAUGCUCAACUUGUUGGUAUAUUAAUAAAAAAAUAUAUACAUAUAUAUGUAAAUAACACUUACAAUGAGGUGACUGUUAAGUGAAACUUCCGCUGCCGGAAGAUGUUUACGCAGUGAUGUCGCUCAAAUUAAUUGAGAAAGGAACUGUAUUGAUAUUUUAUUAUUUACCAACAGCGAGACUUCGAAACUAACAACACGAUUAAGAUUACGAAGCCUCGCUUGAACGUGCAGUAAUUUUAUUUCAUUGUUCAGUGUUACAAUCAAUUUUUGUUUUUCUUUCUCAGCAUUUUUUUACAUUUUAAAAAAAAUUCUAGAGUUUUUGUCUUUUGUUAGCUACUUACAAUUAUUUAGUUUAUGUAAAUGAGUCAGAAUUGCAACAGCAGGGAUAUAUAUAUGUAUCAGUAUUAAGUGCUGAAUUGGUAAAGUUUUUACAUUUAUGGAAAGGUAUGUCUAUGUAUUUUUUUUUUUUUAGAUAUGUUUCUGUGUGCCAUUUGUGCUCAAUUAAAAGAACCUACAUAUUCUUUUUGUGAGUUUGUGAGGAAUGUGUAAAGAAUGAAUGCAUACAAAAAUACAAUUGUUUUAAAAGCUUGAAACAAUUGUGUGAAAAAUAUUUUAAAUAUUUAUUAACUUGUGUUUAUUUGGUGAGCAAACUGUGGAGCUUAUGAGCUAUUUUAGUAUUUUAUUUAUCAAGUGCCUUAGAAUGAAUUUACCUAAGUACCAAUGGAGUAAGAAAAUCUCUAAUGAUUAUGUUGCAUAUGUAUUGUUUGGAAUUGCAGCAAAUUGUUAUGAACCACAUUUUUACAUGCAAAAAUGUAUCAUUCUGAUAUGAAUUUCAUUGUAUAGUAACUAUUAAUGUAAUAAUGUAGACAUCCUGUAACUACAUGAUCUGCCAUCUUUUACGUGUAACGUGGAAUGUAGUGGUCCAACGAUUGCCUGCAUAUCAUUGUCAAUUAUAAAUAUAUAUUUACCAUUAUUAGUUGCUGUUGUAGUUUGUGUACAUAUGUCUGUUUAAAAAGAUUUGUUGACAACUUAGUACGUAAUAAUGUAAGCAAAAUUAAUAGUGCCCAGUUGUAUAAAUUAUUUAAAAUCCAGUGGCCAAACAUUUUUCUAUGCAAUAUGUACAUGAGAAUAUGUGUAUAUACAGAUUUGCCUAAACAUGAAAGUGCAGAAUCAACAUUUAUAUUUUAAAGUAGUCAACACAGUUGUAAUUUUUUUGAUUUGUAUGCUUAAAUAACAGUUGUUUUAUAAGCUGUUCCUUGUUUUCAAACUGAUAGUUUUUUUUUUCCUAAUAUGUUUAAUGUUUUUCAAACCCAAUACCUACAUAUAUACUGGAUUAUCCUGUACCUGAAGCAGUGCUAGGUUUGGUGGAUGUAUCUUCGUAACAAGUGAUGAAGUCUGUCUGUUCAAAUGAAGGCACUAAUUACGAGGUAACCACAGCAGUGGAGCCGAAAGUAGUUUCAUACGGGAACAAACAUGGGAAUUACAUUGUGCUGUACGUUCGACCUUUAUGUGCAGUGCUGUUAAGAUUUUUGCUAAAUUAAUAUUGAUUGAUUAUCAUAAGUAAUUUCCGCUUCAUAGGGUGGGAACAUUUCAUACAAGGUUCCUAAUUUCCUCUUUAAACACAGCCUCUGGUUUUGAACCUUGUUGUAGUUUGAUUCUUUGCAAUUUUUAUUGGUAAUUGGUAAUCUGAUCUGCAUUUGAUAUGGUGGCAAGUUUUAAAAAAAAAAGUAUUAUCUCGUAAACAGCAAGACAUGUCUUGUCAGUUGCCACAUGUUACGAUCGAGGGAGUCCAUGCUUGCUCAAACGUCAUUCGUGGUGAGAGCUGCAUUAAUAAAGACCUCAUUAGUAAAAACCCUGAGAUUACAAAACCCUCAUUAAUAUGAAGUGUUUUCACAGUCACUAUAAAUUACAUAGGAGAAAUAGUGCAAAGUUUUUUGUUUAGUAUUUAAUAUGUAGUACAAAGUUGUUUUUGUUCCAAGGGCAAACGAUUACAUGAAGUUUAGAAUGGUUAUUACAGGUAUCCCAGACUAAUGUAAAGAAACAGUGUCAAGUUUCAACUAAAAUAAUACUGAAGUAGCUAGGUAACUGCUCCCUGAUAAUGGCGACUGCAAUGUCGACCGAAACGUCGGUGAAUUAUUCGCCAAGGACGCGGCUACAACCCAGAAGCCAAGCUACUUCAGACAAUGGCCGUGAAAGCCUGCGAACAUUAUUAAAAUAAUACUGAUGCAAUUGCUUUGGUUACAUGUAGGUUGGAAAAAAAAAAACCUUGUAAAAUUUAUUCUUGUCUUAAUACCAUUUAAAUGUUAACUUUUUUUUUUUUUUUCCAAUCCCUACCAAAAGUAAACUUGAUGCAGUACAAAGUUAUGGUUCUACGAUGUUUGUAUUAUUGAGGUUUGACUCAGUAUAUCUAAAUAGGAAAUAAAUAUGAAACAUCAAAUUUUUUCACCAAAGAAUUGAAAUUUGCAUUUGUGCAGAGCAAAUUUUGUUUUCAGAUCAAAGAAUCCAGUCGGUCUUGUAUGGAAACAUGUGCAAAAUCUUUACUGUAAAAAAAAAAGUUAACUCAAUUUUCAAGUUAGAUAUCACAUAUAGUGUAAUUAAAAGUACUACAGUUGGAGAUGUGGCUGCCCCAUAUGUCUUCCUCUACUUGCUUUGAUCAAUCAACGGGUGACCAAGAAGCUCACGUUCGGAAUGGGUUGGUUGAUACCAAAGCAGGUCCCUUGCCUCAACGCAGGGCAGUCAAACACUGAACGAGUGGUGAUCGCAGCAGGCGAGAGAUACGCAAGCAUACUGACAUGUUUGGAAACAAGUCAACUGUGUUAAUAUUAUUUUUCAGAUACUUGUACAUUUUACUUUCAUAUUUUAGUCAUUUUUAAUUGUCUUGUUAAACUGUAACAUUUUAUAAAUUUUUUUUCUCCAGUAAA